AAAGGAAAGCAGAAUGUGGUGCUGUUCAUUCUCCUCAUUUACAAUAGCAAUAGAAUUAGUAGCACUGCUAAUUCUUUUUCCAGGCUCCACCUAUCAACACGCACAAAACAAGAGCAUGGACCCACUCGAGCUGGAAACACUAUUCAAGAUCAUGGACACUCUCUCCUCCGACGCCAACUGGCGAGUCUCCCACCCGAACCCCUGCCAGCCUGGCUCCUCCUGGCCCGGCCUCGACUGCAAAACCACCCAACACGUCACCAGACUCGACGUCGGCAUCCCUCCAAACCCAACAUGCAGGAAAUCAGCCUCCUUCCCCCCAGAGCUCUUCCUUCUCCCACACCUCGAGUCCCUCUUCAUCUUCAAAUGCUUCACCCAAAGCCCGGCCCGAAUCUCACUCCCACCCCACCCCUCAUCUCUCCUACAGCAGCUCAGCCUUCGCUCCAACCCAUCGCUAGUCGGCCCUAUUCCUCCCACUCUCUCCUCCAUAGCCUCUCUCCGAAUCCUCACUCUGUCCCAAAACGGGCUUUCCGGCCCGAUCCCGCUCGGGCUCUUGGCCCUGCCCUCCCUCCUCCACGUCGACCUCAGCUACAACCAGCUUGCAGGCCCCAUCCCUGCAGCUGUGGGUGGCCUCCGCAGCCUCGUCGGCCUCGAUCUCAGCUACAACCGCCUCACGGGCCCUAUCCCAGUCUCGAUUGGCCGUCUCGGGGCCCUACAAAAGGUCGACCUCAGCUCCAAUCUGCUGACAGGGGGAAUCCCGCCCACGAUUGGGGGCCUUCGCUCGUUGAAUUUCUUGGCCCUAAGCGGGAAUAGGUUGCGGGGAGGGUUCCCGUCCGGGGUUGGAAAGCUCCUCAACCUGCAGUAUUUCCUGAUGGACGAUAACCCUAUGUUUGUGAGUCUACCGGAGGAGCUGUCGCGGCUCGCGAAGCUGCAGGAGCUCAGCCUCUCGGGCUCCGGGUACUCCGGCCCGAUACCUAAUUCGUAUUCGGGCCUCGCGAACCUAACCUCCCUCUCGUUGCAGAACAACCGGCUGUGGGGGCCGAUACCGCCGGGCUUCGCCGGGAUGUCGCGGAUUUACCACUUGAAUCUGAGCGGAAAUUCUCUCCGAGGCGUGGUGCCGUUCGACUCGGGUUUUGUGAAGAGGCUCGGGAGGAAUUUGGAUCUGAGUGGGAAUCCGGGACUGUGUUUGAACGGGACUCGAGUGAAUAAUGUUAUCAAUAUAGGUGUCGAUGUUUGUGGGAAUAACAAAACCGGCCCGGUUAUUUUCAAGCCGCUGAGGAAGUCCAAUGCGAAGAUGAAUCGCGCGGCUCGGUAUUUGUUUCUUGUUGGUGUUGUUUUGCUUUUGCAAAGCUUUGGAUCGUAGAUAUGUUACUCUGUUCUACCUCAUGAACACUGUAUUGCUUCUACUGCUACUUGUGCAAUUUUUUAUUUUUAUUUUUUUGUU